AUGGCUAUGGAGAAUUUCAAAUGCAACAUGAAGUUGGUUCAUUGUCUGUGUCUUUCUCGAAUAUUCACCAAUGAUCGAGACUCGAUUAGUUUCAAGAUUUUUGGCCAUGAUGUUUCCUUCACCCUUGAAGACUUUCACAUUAUGUGCGGUUUGCGGAUCACAACACAUAAUGUUGAAAAACCAAUUAAUCGAGAGAGCAAUAUUCUGAAGCGCUAUUUUGGUAAGUCCAAGGGUGUGACUUUGAAGGAUAUUCGAGAUUUUAUGACUCGAAAUGAAAUUCCAAAGAAUGCUGUGAAUCACAGGCACGUAUGCGAGAGUGAUGAUGAUGCUGUGAAGCUUAUGGAGAUUCUUAUUGUAGAGUCUAUUUUGUUUGGGAAAAAGACUGAGUCAUCUGUGAUGGAGGAGUAUGCAUCUAUUGUUGAAGAUGAUAAGGUUUGUGUUGAAUAUCCUUGGGGUAAUGUGGCUUAUGAGAAGCUCAUUUACUCACUGAUACAUGCAUUGGACAAGCAGAACAAAUUACAUUCAACUGAGUAUAAAGUUGGUGGAUUUCCAUAUCCGUUAUGUGCUUGGUUCUAUGAGGGCUUCCCAGAUAUUCGGGAGAAUUAUAUAAGAGAGGAUGAGUACCUUGAUACCCCUCAAGUUCCCAGGAUGUUACGUUAUGUAUGUGUGGGAGAGCCUAAAUAUCCCGAACUUUUUGAUUUCUUCAGUAGUCAUGAAAAUUAUCGCAACUUUAGGGUAUUGGAUAUAAUUCCUACAGAAGAGGAAUUGAAUUCAAUGCCUUUAAUUGGACAAUUACCAUGCAACCGGAUUCGUUCAAAGAGUCGAUCAAAAGAAGCGAAUCAAACUCCCUGUAUUGGCGAAUCAUCUCGUACCCAGAGUUGUUCUAACCGUUCUACAGCUGAGUUUGAUGACAAUGAAUUACUCGACACAAUAUGUUCUAGGGUAACGAUGGAGGUUCAAAGGCAUGCAGAAAAAGAAAGAAGCACGAUCGUGAAAGAAGUUUUCGAUAAGUUUCAAAAGGAUGAGCGAUCUGCUAUUGUGGAUGCGGUUUUUGUAAAAGUGAAGGAAUAUUUCGAUGAGAAGUUUGAACAGUUGUUUAAGAUUGUCAACAAAUCAAAUGGAAUGGACGAUGGCAAUUUUGAUUUGAGUAACCCUCGAGAAUAUGAUAGGAUGAACGACUAUUACGAACAUCCAUCGGAUACUAAUGCUGUUGAUGAUGCAUCGGAUAAAGUCGCAGAUGUAAAUGCUACACGUGAGGAAGCGACUUUUGAAGGCGAUCAACAUAUUGAAGAACAAGUUGAAGAGGAAUGUUCCAGUGCUGAUAGAUUGAGCAGAGAUGGAAAUGAUGAAGAACAGUUAUCAACUGAGAAUGUUGGAAGCAAGCAAGAUGAUAAUGCUACACGUAACGAAGCGGCUGUUGAAUGCGAUGAAUAUGUUCAACAACAAGGUGGAGAGGAACAAUCUAGUAUUUAUAGACUGAGUAAAGAUGGAAAUGAUGAAGAGUUAACAACUGAGAAAGGUGCAGAUGGAAAUGAUCAAGCUUUGGAAAGUGAUAUUGCAAAAGGCAAUUUGUUUGGCGAUGGAGACAAGCACCUGUUGGUGAUGAUACACAGGAAAUUGUUUACUACAGUGAAAGUUCAAACUAGUUGUGCUUCAAUUGACACAACUCAAAAACUCUCCGAUGAUGCUGAAUUGAAUGAAGGUAGUGUUGAGAAAAAGCCUUCCAGGAAUAACUCCAAUGCUCCUCGACGUGGUGCACAAUUGAAUGAAGAUGGAACUGCUGAUAUCGACAAAGGCAUGCAGCCUGGGGAAACCAACAGCGGGAAGACAAACGUAAAGCAAUAUCAAAAAGGAGAAAUGCAUUUAUUCACACCUGUUGGCUCACAGACAGAUACAGGCAUAUCUGAAGGUAAAGGAAGUGGAUCUGUUGGAAUGCAAACACCAUCUGUGUCUCAACACUGCAUAGACCAGAUCUCAUCUGAUGCAUCGCAACUUCUUCUAAAUCCUAAAAGAAGAAAGAUUUCCAGUUCUCCUAUGUGUGACACUAGUGAUAUCCCCAACUUCAAUAUAUGUUCAUUUUCGUUGGGUAGUACACAAGGGACUGAUUCAGAAGGUAAUUUUGUUGAUGUUGUUGUUCGUGAAGAGAGACAAGAACGUCGUGAAUAG